UGGAGCGGCGUGUCGGGAGGUAGCCUGGCCGGCCGAGAAGACCCUAAGGGUCGCCAUGGCCCGGCGGCGGCGCCGCGCCUGCAUCGCGCUUUUUCUGGUGCUGCUUUUCGCCUUCGGCACUAUCAUGGGCUUGCGCACGCUCAAGGCUCCAGACGGACUCCCGGCUGUGGGCCCCGGCCAGGAGCUGGCGCCCUUUGAGCGGCGCCCGGAGGGGGCUCCGGCUCCCGCUGCCCGGGCCCCGGCCGCCCCCGCUGCGCCGCCGCCGCCGCCCCCGCCCCGCACCGCUGGCCCGGGCAGUCCACCGGAGCCGGCCCCCGCGGAGGCUGAGCCUGCCCCUGGGCAGAGUCUGCGCGUCUACUCCGACCUGCACGCCUUUUACUACUCGUGGUACGGAAGCCCGCGGCGCGAGGGCCACUACAUUCACUGGGACCACGUCAUGGUGCCUCACUGGGACCCCAAGAUCUCGGCCAGCUACCCCCGUGGCCGCCACACCCCGCCCGACGACUUGGGCUCCAGCUUCUACCCGGAGCUGGGGCCCUACAGCUCCCGGGACCCCGACGUGCUGCGGGAGCACAUGACCCAGCUUAGGGAAGCCGCCAUCGGUGUCCUGGUCCUGUCGUGGUACCCACCUGGCAUGGCUGAUGAUAAUGGGGAACCCUCAGAUGACCUGGUGCCUGCCAUUCUGGACACCGCCCAUCAGUACAACAUCCAGGUUGCCUUCCACAUCCAGCCCUACAAGGGCCGGGAUGACAUGACUCUUCAUGACAACAUCAAGUACAUCAUUGACACGUAUGGCUCGCAUGGUGCAUUUUAUCGCUAUAAGAACAGCAUGGGUAAAAGCCUUCCACUCUUUUAUAUCUACGACUCAUAUCUGACAUCCCCUGAGGCCUGGGCCCAUCUCCUGACACCAACUGGGCCCCACUCAAUUCGCAAUACCCCCUAUGAUGGGGUCUUCAUAGCGCUGCUGGUAGAGGAGGGGCACACCCACGACAUCCUGGCUGCUGGCUUUGAUGGCAUGUACACCUACUUUGCCUCCAAUGGUUUCUCCUUCGGCUCCUCCCAUCAGAACUGGAAAGCUGUGAAGAACUUUUGUGAUGCCAACAACCUUAUGUUCAUUCCCAGUGUGGGGCCUGGCUACAUUGAUACCAGCAUCCGCCCCUGGAACAACCAUAAUACGCGCAACAGGGUCAAUGGCAAGUACUAUGAGACAGCCCUGCAGGCUGCCCUGACAGUGAGGCCUGAGAUCGUCUCCAUCACCUCUUUCAAUGAGUGGCAUGAGGGCACCCAGAUAGAGAAGGCUAUUCCCAAGAAGACACCAACUCGCCUCUAUCUGGACUACCUGCCUCACCAGCCCAGCCUGUAUCUGGAGCUGACCCGCCGCUGGGCAGAGCACUUCAUCAAAGAGAAAGAGCAGUGGCUGAUGUGAAGAGCCUGCCAAGAGGCGCAUGAGGUCCCAGCCUCAUUGGAAGAUGUCACAAUGUGAGGCUGAGCUGAGAGAGUGCAGGCACUCAUCUCCAAGUCAGCAACUGGGUUCUUCUGGGUGGGCCAUUGAGCCUGGGCCCAUGUAGAACAGAGCCUGUUCCUGAGGCAAGUGGUGCUGGGGUUGUCUGCUGUGACAGAAAACGCAGCGGUGGUCCAGAGAGGCAAUGGCAGAGGCUGGUGGGUGACCAGACUCAGCCCAGGACCCAGCUCCAUGUCAGUUAGGGCACUUCAAAAUAAUCCCUUCUAGCUUUGAACUCUGCAGAGGCUGGUGGUGUAUAGUGGAGCCACCCACAGUCACUGCUCCUGGAAGGGUGUCAGGGUUCUGGGCUAGCAUGCACCCUGCUCCCUUCUGCCAGCCCGUGUCCUCUUCAGACCUCCUUCCCAUAUCCAGUCUGUCUUCUAAGUUAGGGAACCAUAUCUGAAAUUUUCUAAAAGGGAAAUUCUAGGUUUAGGCUCCUCUCAAUUGAUUCCUGAAGCCAAUUAUCAGAAAACGGUAAUCCAGAGCAUUCGCACAUUCAACACACACUAACUGAACUCCUUGCCAUGGGCUAGGUGUUGGGGAAAAACUUGACCAAGGAGCAGUUCCUGUCCUGAAGUUUACAGGAUCCAGCUUUCCCUAUUUGGUGUGGCCUUGUAGCUGGUGCCUGGGCACAGCAAAAAGUUUCUUUUUCAGUUUUACCCAGUGCUUUAAGAAAAUACCUCUGUGCUCUGAAGCCUACAUUUUCCUGGACGAACGUUUAGCUCCAGGGAGACUAGGAUAUCCGCCUUCCUUUAGCUGCCUAAACGAAUGUGGCCUACUCACUAGAGCCAUUUUCAGUGCUACUGUGAUUUGUAUUAAAACGAAGUGGUGUUCUCAAGUAAGCAUUCCUUCUGUGCUCUCCAAGACCUCACUUAUUCUAACCCCUCAGUCUGAUUUCAUGACAAACUUGAGGUGUGAGUUGGGCUGGCGACAUUAUUAGCACAAUGAAGAAUGGGUUUGCUUAAGAAAUUACUAGUUUAAACAAGACUUCUAGAGGAAACACUUAACAACCAGUAUUUAUUUACAAAUAAACUAAUAUGUUAAUUGCAGGGACCCUCAUUACUGCAGACCCCAGCAACAUCAUGCCAAGACUCUUAAGAUUGACUUGAAAAUAAGUACACUGUAAAGCACCAUACUGAGAAGUUUAUGGACUCAAAACUGAAUCCCAAUUCUGGUAACUGGGACAGAAGAAGGGAGGGAAAAAGUGGACCCUAGCAGUCACCACGAAAGGACAUUCCGCUCCAGCCGAUCACUAACACUAAACCCCACUGGAUGGAGGGGCAGGCCUGGCCACACUUGCAGGUUAGUUGAAACCAAGGCAGGCAGGGACAAGUGAAAAGGGCUGGAUGCUGACCUGUAGUAAUUUACAAAGGCAGUCACACCCAGGCAUCAUUUCACACACACACACAAUUUGAAAAACAAUAAAAUUAUGGUAAGGGUGGGGAAAGCAGCACUUCUCACACACUGCUGAUGGCAAUGUAACUUGAUUCGGUUCUUUUAAAGGCUAAUCUGUAUCAAGAGCCAUAAAAACAUUCAUACAUUUGGACCCAGUGAUCCUACCCUAAGGAGAUAACGCAAAAGAAAAAUAAACCAUUUACAAUGUUUACCAGCAGCAUUGUUUUAUAUUAAAGAAAAACAAAGUUCAAAUGCCCAUCGAUAAUUAUGUUUAACAUUUGGCAUACACAUACAGAUAAAAGGCUGUUGAGUAAAUACUGCAUUUAAAUAAAAGUGAAUAAAUAAGGGGGGAAAAAAUCACUGGCUGAAAAAGGCAGAAACUUGUUUUCCAGUAUUCUUUAAUUUGGAUUCCCCCCACCUCUAGCCCCUGCCAACUGAGCAGACUUCCCACCAUUAGACCAGAAGAGUGCCUCUCCCUGGCAGGCAAUUACAGUGCACCACCAGCCCCCUGGGUCUGAGGAAACACUGUAUGGCCUGCGCUCUACAUCUUUAUCUUAACCUGGUUCCAGCUUCAGGAGCCCAAAGCCAUGUCUUUGGUCACCUGAGACUUACAAACAGCAUCAGCACCUCUAGCUGCUUUGGACCUUAAAAGCCUCCACCCACCAAGGAGGAGACUCUCACUGGAUUUCAGAUCUAAUUAAAUCACUUAAAAAAAAAAAAAAUCAGAAGAAGGCC